AUGUGCUUCGGAAGUCGCGACAAGGAUGAUGCGGCCAGCGCAGUCAGGUCUCGCGAGCUGGACAAGAUCAUCAAAGCAGAUGAAAAGCGCAUGGCCAAGGAAGUGAAGCUUCUGUUGUUAGGUGCUGGAGAGUCUGGAAAGUCGACGGUUCUGAAGCAAAUGAAGUUGAUCUACGCACAAGGAUUUAGCAAGAAUGAGAAGCUGGAGUGGAAGCCCGUGGUAUUUCAGAACAUAGUCCAGUCUUUUCGCCUAAUCUACGAAGCGAUGAACGAACUUGGUAUCAAAUUUGAGAACGAAGAAAACGAGAAAAACAUGUCCCAAAUAUUGGUAGACUUCGAGCUGAGCCCGCAGGAUCCUCUGCCUACUGAGUACCUGGAGCCGGUCAAACAACUAUGGCUGGACGGCGGUGUGAAGCAAACCAUUUUGAAGGGCAACGAGUUCGCUCUUCACGACAACCUAGAUUACUUCUGCGAUGACCUGGACAGAUUCUGGGACCCAGGCUAUGUGCCUACGGACCAAGAUCUACUACGGUCACGGCUAAGAACCACCGGUAUCACCGAGACGGUGUUCGAUUUGGGCCAGCUGACAUAUCGCAUGUUCGAUGUCGGUGGUCAGCGGUCAGAACGGAAGAAGUGGAUUCAUUGCUUCGAAAAUGUCAAUUCUCUGCUAUUCUUGGUUGCCAUUUCUGGGUAUGAUCAAUGUCUAGUUGAGGAUAAGGAUGGCAACCAAAUGAAUGAAGCGCUGAUGCUAUGGGAAUCGAUAGCCAACUCCCACUGGUUCACCAAAUCAGCAUUGAUUCUGUUCCUAAACAAGAUGGAUCUGUUCAAGGAGAAGCUUGCAAAGAAUCCAAUCACUCAACACGGCUUCACAGACUACCACGGUCCUGUAGAUGACUGGAAACAAGCCAGCAAAUACUUCAUGGACAAGUUCCGGGCAUUGAACAGAAAUCCAGAGAAGGAAAUCUAUGGUCACUUCACGAACGCAACCGACACGAACCUCCUCAAAAUUACAAUGGGAUCUGUCCAAGACAUGAUCAUACAACGCAAUUUGAAGCAACUCAUUUUGUGA